UGGUGAUGAUUUCCCUCACCACCAACCUCCUUCGUCAGAGUUGCGACAGGGUUACCCGGUGCAUAUCGAAAGUUUUCCGUUGGAAUUUUUCAAAAGAGAUUAUUACAUAUAGAGAUAUGUUAAAUUCGGAGAAAGAACUGAGAAGGGCCCAAUAGAAAACGCCACCCCCUCUAAAAGACAAAUUUAAAAGGAAAAGAAACCAAAAGAAAUAAAGAUGAUGAGAGCAACUUUUUAGGAAAUUGCCCAAAACACUCUCCUCUUGAAAUCAUGGCUACACGCCGUUCCAGCAGAAAUGGAGUUUUUAGUAGUACCAGCAGCAGUAGUAGUAGUCAUUUGACAGAUUCAGUGAUGAAGAAACCCUAGAUCGUCUCAGUCAGUUGCCGGACGCAAUCCUUGUACAAAUUCUCUCUCUUUUGCCCACCAAAGAUGCCGUGCCAUCAUGUCUUCUCUCAAAAAGGUGGCGUUAUCUCUGGCAUUCAAAAUAUAACUUCCUUUUCGAAAAUUUUUAUUACAAGGAACCAGAAAACUUCAAAUCCUUUGUGGAGAACGUUUUGACUCAUUCCACUUGUUCCAAAAUCAAAAAAUUCAAACUCGAUUUAGAUUACAUCUAUAUAACGAACUUUGAAUCGGAAAUCAACCGAUGGAUUAGCUUUGCUGUGGAAAGAAAAGUGGAAGAUCUUGUAUUGUGUACCCUUGAGGAAGGACUCACUUACCAAUUGCCUCUAUUUAUCUAUACUAGUUCGUCACUGAUUACAUUGGAGUUGUGCUAUUGUGUGUUUGAUAAAGGACUACUCAUAGCUUGGAACUCACUAAAGAGCCCAAAGCUGGAUGUAAUAAGGUUAGACGAUGACGAUAUGGUGAAAUUACUGUCAAGUUGUCCUGCGCUGGAAACCUUGGAGUUGUCAUGCUUCCAGGGUUUUCGUCGUCUUGAAAUUACGUCUCCAAAUUUAAAGAGACUAGUAUUAGAUGGUGGCGGAGGAUUCGAUUCUUUGGAAAUUGUUGCUCCACAUCUUCAACAUUUAGAGAUUUCAGGAGUUCGUGGAUAUCUCAAGCGUAGGCUAGUAAAUGUUUCCUCUUUGGUUACUGCCAGCCUCACUUUUAGCAUUAUCUGUAUCACUGUGGAUGACGAGAGUUAUAUUGGGGAAGAGGAAAAGGAAGAUGAUGUUGAGGAAGACAAUUGUCCUGAUUAUCAUCAAGCUUUCAGAAACCUUGUUGUGGACUAUCUUGAAAAGUUGAGUCAUGUGACUCAGCUCAAAAUUGGAAGUUGGUCGUUUUCAUGUUGCAACUCGAAGGAGUUCCACUUCCAGAAUUGAGAUGCAAAUGUCUAACGCUAGAGAUGCCUAUAACAAAGAAUACUUUGUAUGGAGUAGUUAGC